UCUGGAGCUGGCGACCUACAAACUGGAAACCUUCAAAUUAAAGUCAACAAAGAUGGAGUUUUUAUACGACGAAUCAUUCUCUCUCUCAUAUUGGGAUUACUUCAGUUAUCUUCUACUUCGUCCCAUCGCUGCUAUUCUCUUCACCGCCUCCUUACUCUUCUUUGGGUGGUUCUUGGCAUGGAAGCUGGUACUGGUUCACGUACCUCUAGUGCAGGAAAUUUUUGGUCUGAGGAAAAAAACCUUCAAGCCAAAGCCACCUCAUCGAAGAAGAUUUACUCAAUUUUACAACAGAAUUAAUGCUCAAAAUCCUUCUUCUGAAGAGUAGCCGAAGAAUUCAUGCUUCGGAUGCGCAUUGAUCUAAGCUCUCGACUCCGAACUGGCUAAUGCUGGGAAGUGCUCAAUCAGGAGUAGAAGAAGAGUGUUUGAUGUUGUGACAUAGUAAUUUGUACAUUAAUAAGCUGUUUAUUUAUUGGUGGUUGUAAAUUGAUCAUAGUAUUUUAUAACUGAUGUGUGCUAUAAGAAGGUUCGGACUUAUUUCAUCGUGAAUUUACUUGAGUUGAGUUUUUUAAA